CUGGGUUCAUAGACUGCCCAGAGAUAAUAGGAGUCAACGAGGGGAUAAGUAGUAUAAGUUUUUAUUUUGUGUUUACUUUUAAUUAUUGUGUCUUGGAUUUUAUAUAGCAUGGGAUAGAAGUCCAGUGUAUAGUACUCUGCUGCUGAGCGAUUACACUGGGGAAAGAGAUAGAAAUUAAAUAUUUGUUAAGUAUUCACGUUCUGCCAUUUUUAUGUACUUUAUGUGCCAUAUCACAUUUAAGCCUCCUAACAGUUCUCUGAGUAAAGAGAAGGAUCGAUUAAAACCUAAAAAGAAAGAAAAGAAAGAUCCCAGUGCACUCAAGGAAAGAGAAGUCCCCCAACACCCCUCCUGCCUAUUCUUCCAGUAUAACACACAGCUGGGCCCACCUUACCACAUCCUGGUUGAUACCAACUUUAUCAACUUUUCCAUUAAAGCCAAACUGGACUUAGUGCAGUCAAUGAUGGACUGUCUGUAUGCCAAGUGUAUCCCUUGUAUAACUGACUGUGUAAUGGCUGAAAUUGAGAAAUUGGGGCAAAAGUAUCGAGUGGCUCUAAGGAUCGCCAAAGACCCAAGAUUUGAACGUUUACCUUGCACACACAAAGGAACCUAUGCAGAUGACUGCUUAGUACAGAGAGUGACUCAGGAAUUUGGUUCCUCUUCACCAUGCCUACCUGUAGCCCAGAAGUAUUUCUCAGUUACAGUCAAGUCUUUCAGGGGGCUGUCUCACAGGUAUCCUGCAAUAAGUAGGUUUUUGAUUCUUCCUUUCUGGCUUCCUUAUCAAGCACCACACGAACUUCUGCUACUGAUUGCUCUGACAAGAGCCUCUUUACCAAGGAUACUCAUCUUCUGGUGACCACACUGCUAUCCUUCAGGCACUCCAUUGCUUUGGUGGGGCUGGCAUUUUCCUUAGUGUCCUGCAGGACAGCUGACACCAGGCUGCAAUUCUCUAAAACUCAAAAGGAGAUUUGGUAUGAUGGAAGUAAAGUAUGGCACAAAAGGUUUCCAACUGGUAGCCAAAUGUUACUGCUUUCAGAGCUGCUAGGCUCAACCUGUCCUGGAAAUCUUUACUGGGUUUGUGGCAGGAGGUAGCAUAUCUUCAUCAGUAGGAGGCCUCAGAGUAGGCCCAAUCUCUGAGACCCCAGGAAAAGCAAAAGCGGUAUCCUCCAAACUAAGGCAGUUCAGAGUACCUCAGGGUGUUUUCCCAGAACCAAGGAAUUGUCUGCCUCAAAUGUGAAAGUCCUUUCCACUUAGGAGACAGAAAAACAAUUUGCAGCUUUUAGUUUUUCUCUCUUCUCCCUCUCAAGAUUCUUCAAGCUUCAUUCAGGCCAGGUAGUUUGUUAUAUAUUUUAUAAAUAUUAGCUCCUAGAUCACAGUAGCUACUGAACAAAUUGUUACAGCCCUUCCUUUGUUAUUUACUGUGAAAAUUAAUAAUUCUUCACACUAGCCAGUGGUUGUCCCAUUAUCCAGUAUCACU